GGGCGGAAGUGGAGAGGCACCCACAUACACACUCACAAGAAGCCGAGCGCAGAGCCUGCCUGGCGGACGGUGGCGGAGGAUCGUCGGCUUGUCACGGCUAUCGCCGGGGGGGGGGAGAAAAAGGGCUUUCCUGAUCUACCGUGUGCGUCUACUUUAAAAAAGACUACAUAGUGGGAGACAACAAAGAGUUUUGAUCUCGGUUUGGUUGUGAUUUUUUUUGUUGAUUAAUCGUGUCACAUUCGGAGACACCUGGAGCAGCUACUGCCCCCCUUCCUCCUCCUCCCCUCCGGAACAUGGUGGACUACCACGAAGCCAACUCGCAGUUGCAGCAGCCCAACCAUGGCGACUACAUGCAGCCUGAGGAGGACUGGGACCGCGAUCUGCUGCUCGACCCGGCCUGGGAGCGGCAGCAGCGGAAGACUUUUACAGCAUGGUGCAAUUCGCAUUUACGGAAGGCAGGAACACAAAUUGAAGUAAUUGAAGAAGAUUUUAGGGAUGGCCUCAAACUAAUGUUACUUUUGGAGGUGAUAUCAGGGGAGCGAUUACCGAAACCGGAGCGUGGGAAAAUGAGGGUGCACAAAAUAAACAAUGUCAACAAGGCUUUGGAUUUUAUCGCAUCUAAAGGUGUGAAGCUAGUUUCCAUCGGAGCAGAAGAAAUUGUGGAUGGUAAUGUUAAGAUGACCUUGGGUAUGAUCUGGACAAUCAUCCUUCGUUUUGCUAUUCAGGACAUAUCUGUUGAAGAAACAUCUGCCAAGGAGGGAUUGCUGCUGUGGUGCCAGAGGAAGACUGCGCCAUACAAGAAUGUGAACGUGCAGAACUUCCACAUCAGUUGGAAAGAUGGUCUGGCAUUCAAUGCCCUCAUUCAUAGACACAGGCCAGAACUCAUUGAUUAUGACAAGUUGAGGAAGGACGAUCCUCUCUCAAAUCUGAACAAUGCCUUCGAAGUGGCAGAGAAAUAUUUAGAUAUACCUAAGAUGUUGGAUGCAGAAGAUAUUGUAGGCACUCUCAGGCCAGACGAAAAGGCUAUUAUGACUUACGUUUCCUGCUACUACCAUGCCUUCUCAGGUGCUCAAAAGGCCGAGACUGCAGCUAACAGGAUCUGCAAAGUUCUGGCAGUUAACCAAGAGAAUGAACACCUUAUGGAAGAUUAUGAAAAGUUGGCAAGCGAUUUGUUGGAAUGGAUUCGCCAAACCAAACCGUGGCUGGAGAACAGAGAACCUGAGAAAACAAUGCAAGCCAUGCAGCAAAAACUAGAAGACUUCCGUGACUACCGGCGUGUCCACAAACCUCCAAAAGUACAGGAGAAGUGUCAGCUUGAGAUCAACUUCAAUACCCUUCAGACCAAACUCCGUCUCAGUAAUCGGCCAGCAUUCAUGCCUUCUGAAGGGAAGAUGGUCUCGGAUAUUAACACCGCCUGGCAAGGUCUGGAGCAAGCUGAAAAGGGUUACGAGGAGUGGCUACUGAAUGAGAUCAGGAGGCUGGAAAGGCUUGAUCAUUUGGCAGAGAAAUUCAGACAGAAAGCAACCAUCCAUGAAGAUUGGACCAAAGAUAAAGAAGUGAUGUUGACACAGAAAGACUAUGAAACCGCUGCACUGGCUGACAUCAAGGCCUUGCUUAAGAAACAUGAAGCAUUUGAGAGUGAUCUGGCAGCCCACCAAGACAGAGUGGAGCAGAUCGCCGCCAUCGCACAAGAGCUCAAUGAUCUGGAUUAUUAUGAUUCUCCCAAUGUAAAUGCUCGCUGCCAGAGCAUUUGUGACCACUGGGACACUCUGGGCUCUUUAACACAAAGCAGGAGAGAUGCCCUGGAGAGGACUGAAAAACUCCAGGAAACAAUUGACCAAUUAUAUCUGGAAUAUGCAAAAAGAGCUGCACCUUUCAACAACUGGAUGGAGGGCGCAAUGGAAGACCUGCAGGAUAUGUUUAUUGUCCACACUACUGAAGAGAUUCAGGGUCUCAUCGCGGCGCACGAGCAAUUCAAAGCAACGUUGCCAGAUGCCGAUAAGGAGCGAGAGGCAAUUCUGGGUAUCCAGACUGAAAUGGCAAAAAUUGCUCAGUCUUACAAUAUUAAACUCUCUGGAGUAAAUCCAUACACCUCCAUUACCUCGCAGGACAUUAAUGAUAAGUGGGAUAAGGUUCAGCAGCUGGUGCCAGCUCGAGAUCAAGCUUUGCAGGCAGAGUUUAACAAGCAGCAAUCAAAUGAAAACCUGCGUGAGCAGUUUGCAAAUAAGGCCAAUGUUGUUGGUCCCUGGAUUCAGACUAAGAUGCAGGAGAUUGGACGGAUCUCUAUUGAAAUGCACGGUACACUGGAGGAUCAGCUAAAUCAACUGAAGCAGUAUGAGAACAGUAUCAUCAAUUAUAAGCCCAAUAUCGACAGACUGGAGCAGGACCAUCAACUCAUUCAAGAGGCCCUCAUCUUUGACAACAAGCAUACCAAUUAUACCAUGGAGCACAUCCGAGUUGGCUGGGAACAGCUGCUGACAACGAUUGCCAGAACUAUUAAUGAAGUAGAAAACCAGAUCCUCACCCGUGAUGCAAAGGGCAUCAGCCAGGACCAACUCAACGAAUUUCGGUCAUCGUUCAAUCACUUUGACAAGGACCAUAGCGGGAAACUGGGACCUGAAGAGUUUAAAGCCUGCCUUAUCAGCUUGGGCUACGAUGUUGGAAAUGACCAGCAGGGUGAAGCUGAGUUUGCGCGCAUAAUGGGCGUUGUUGCCCCCAACAACACCGAGGAAGUAUCAUUCCAAGCCUUCAUCGACUUCAUGUCACAGGAGACAACAGACACUGAUACAGCUGAACAAGUCAUGGCCUCCUUCAAGAUUUUGGCAGGCGACAAGAACUACAUCACAGCAGAGGAGCUACGCCGGGAGCUACCCCCUGACCAAGCUGAAUACUGUAUUGCCCGGAUGGCUCCGUACAGAGGACCCGAUGCAGUGCCUGGUGCUCUGGAUUAUAUGUCUUUCUCCACAGCUCUGUACGGCGAAAGCGAUCUGUAAUCCAAUCACAGCCUCUGUUUUUUCCAUAGCCAGCCCACUCUUUUUUUUAAAACUCCCCCAGAGCAUGCGCACGCACUCUCUCCUCCACCACCUGCACACAGCAGCGCGGUAAAGCAGCGGUUUGGAGUUGACGUAUAUUCUUACCAAGGAACUCUUUGCUGUACAUUCCAUAACGUGUCUUAUCUUACUACUUUGUUAGUCUUAAAUCUAUGCAAACUUCCAUUUUGCAUUUCUAUACUGGGGUGCAGAACAGUGAAGCUUUUUAUUUUCUCUGAACAUUCUGCACGGUUGCACCAUUCAGAGCACGUCAGCUUUUAAUCAUAAGUGCCACAUAUGAAUCUGUCUCACAAGAAUUUGGCGGUUUUGAUGUUAAAUUCUAAAAAUUCCAUAGGAAACUGACUUCCCUUGUAUUUUCCCAACACAUACUCGAUACUGUAAAACUAAAUAUUUUUGUAUUUAGAAUAUUUAGUACCCCUGCUUUCACUUCUCGCUUCCCUCCCUUCUCCACCCCCAGCACUCCAAAUCGAGGUGUGAUUGAAGAGGUAUUUAAUCAGUACUCUCGACGACCAAUAUCUAGAAUAACCUGCACCAUUUAUUGACGAGCACAAUGCAUUCAAAGCAGUUUUUUUAAUCAAUUAAGGUAUUUAGUUCUACAGUGCGGUAUAUGCUUUAAAGGAGGUUUUGGGGGGGGGGGCGAGGGAGGGGUUACCUGGCAACGUUUUUACUGAAAAAUCAAGACUGAUCUGAUUUUUCUUUUGUGAUUUCUUUGUCAUUCAGUGUUCCAGCAUUGCCCACACUGCCCUUGAAUCUAGGCUUCAAGAGUGUUUGGACACGUGCUGAAAAUGUGGCCUUUUUCUAAAACGGAGGAGGGGGUGGAAUAAAUUGCUGAUGGUAGAUAUUAAACAGGUUAUGUGGCCGUUCUUCUGAUGGCUUCCUAACUAAACUACAGGACUAGAGAGGUCUAGCGGAGCUCCAAGUUCCAGUAUAAUUGUCCACUAUUUAUUGUGAUUAGCUUAUUAAAAUAACGUUGGGCUUCACUUACCAUUGUACAGAAAGAGCAGCAGAGGCAGUGUGGAAGUGGAACAGAGAUUGAAGUAGGAGCUGGAGUGUUAUGCUACCACGUUACAUUUCCAAGGUAGAGUGAGUAAGGCAAUAAUUUACCCUCUUCCUGUACCCAGUGAAAUCUCUGCAUCAUGUUAAGCCGAUUUGUGCUGGGAAGUCCGAAUCAUUAUUAUGAAUUGGUUAUAAAAAUAAACGAAGGAGAUAGGUAUAAAAUUGCUAAAAUUCUGACCAAAUCUGCUUAAUCCUAAAUCAUGAAAUUGCAAUCAUUGUCAAUGAAUAGAGUCAGCCAUGCAGAUUGCACGGCCAGGAAUGAAUUUGGAUGGAAAUUUGAGAGAUGCCUACCAGAAGCACAUCACAAAAGAGUCAGUUGUUGAUUGGGGGAGGGGGUUGAGUGCUGUGAUUUAGUGUGGAGGUGAGCUGGGACUGUCUCAGUUUGCGUCCUGACGUUUUCAGUGCAGUUGUUGAUUGAUGGGUUGGGGGGGUGGUUUAAGUGCUGUGAUUUAGUGUGGAGAUGAGCUAGGAUUGUCUCAGUUUGCAUCCUGACAUUUGCAGUGCAGUUGUGGAGCAAGCCCCAUGCUGGAAGCUAAAAGUGCAACCUUUACUGGCUGUGGUGAUCUGUAACUUGACCCCCCAAAUGAAUUAAAAUUGUGCACCAGGAGAGAAUGUUUCCCCCCACUUAAAUACUUAUGCCAAGAGGCAAACUAGGUUAUUAUUUUUGAGGUAGGAAAAAUAUUUAUCUCUCCAUAUUUAAUCUUCGUGUAUAUACUGCAGUGAUCUAUAAUUUGAAUGACUGCCUUUUUAAAUAUUAAAAAAAUACAAAGCUGGGCUUUUUCUGUGAAGGUACUGUGUUUUUUUUUGCAGGAAGAAGUCCUGGGAGAGGGUGGGGAGAGGUGGAAACGGGUGGGGGUGGGGGCUUUUCUGGGUUUUAUUUUUAAUAGUUUUGAUUCUCCUUGCUCCUGGGACCGAGACAUUGAAUUAUUGUCGCUGUGAUAUAUAGGCUGGCCUUGACGGAGUGUAUCUGCAGGUUUUGGUGGUAAUGGAGGGGCUUCUGCUGUUUAGAUUAAUAUGGGGAUUUGCUAUACAAUAUAUAUAUCAUCUGAAACUCUCAUGGACUGUAAUUACUGCUUAAUUUUUAAAGAGGGAACAUUCUCUGAAGAAAACAUUUCAAUGGACAAAUGGAAUUUUCUGGAAUAUUAGAGGUUUUGUCAAUAUUUCAUACCCCUCUGUAGCCAGCUUGCCUUGGUAAGCAAAGGCUGCCUUUCUGUAUUUGAUCUAAAGGUGUUUCCAGUGGGUUUCUGCUACCUUAGCCCUAGUAGAUGAAAUAAAUCUUCACUAUUUUUGAGAAUAA